CUGUUGGAUGACUUCCAACCGCAAGCGACUCCUGUACGACGGAUUUCACGCAGUCACCGCAGGGUUGACUCCUGUGACAUUUCUCCGAAGGAAAGGAAAACGAGCUCACGUGGGAGAGAACGGAUGGCAUUGUGGUUUAGCGAGGGAUAUUAAGAUCUGUCGAAAUCCCGACCAUCUGGGUCUACCACAUUCGCCAUCUUGUGGAAAACCGUCGUACCGAUCGCGGAGGCUGAACAUGCUCCAUAAUGUCAGAGAAAGCAUUUGGUCUCGAUUUUUGACAAUACAUAUAAAUAAUAUAAACUGAGCAGCUUUCUAAAGUAUAUCGAAUACCAGAAAGGAGAACCAU